CUGUUGUCGGUGAAAAGUGUCGUUAAACAAGGAAAAUUUACAAUACUCCCAUUCGUCAUUCACCCACCAAAAAGUAAAAUCCGAAAAAAAAAAUAUUUCAAAAUAUUAGAAAAAAAGCAGGUGUUAACAGGUCGGCGUGGCGGAGGAAUUCUACGAAGUAGGGUGCCCGAACCAGGAAGUGAAGUAAAAUGCUCAGAUUAGGUCUUUCCAACACCUUGUGCAGUAAUCAAAACGUUGUAAUUCAUUAGGAAACUAUUGGAAACAUGUAUAAAAGUACUCCUGACCUCUGGAUAGUAUUUGGGAUUUUUUGCACUUCGAUAAGGGAUGAUUAAAAUAUACAUUCAGCAGUUAUUAGUUCUGGGAGUAUUUGUGGAUCUUUACUUCAACUUAUGCCCCGAUCCUAUGCGAGUGAAGAUUCUAGGCAGUCGCAGGAAACAAGUGAUCCUAUCGCCCUAUAUUUACGAUCUCGACUGGUCUUUCGGUAUGAUCGCUUCAUUGAACACAAAGACGGAUAAAAACUGCGACUGUCAAACGCGCUCCGAGAAUAAAACCAUCAAUAUAUCCGGGAGCAGGAAUUGUUCCUUAAAGGAGCUUAGUAGAAAAAAAGUGGUGGACAGUUGUCCAUAUCACUACCAACUGAACUACGACCGAUUCAGGAUACCCCAAUCUAUAAUACAGGUCAAAUGUAACUGUGAUAAUUGCAUCGGAAGGAAGCCCGACGGAUCUCUACAGGAACUGCAUGACGGGAGAUGUACAGAGGUCAUGAUUCCCCGCAAGGUUCUCAGGCUCUGCAGCAAAAAGAGGAGAAAGGUAUACACAGUACGGAUCGAGGAGUACGCGGUGGCCUGCACGUGUCAAUGGCCUAACCCUAACCAAGUCUAAGUGAACAUAAUCCAAGAAUCGCCGCGUCCAAGACAAAUACCUCAGUGUUGUUACAGAUGUGUUGUUGUUAUUUUUAUACUUUUGUUAAAUUUAAAGACUAUUUUUAUACACUUUUUUGAGAAUUUUAUUUUACAAUGCAGUAUAAUGUCGGAGUGUCCAUUCCGUUUAAAGUCCCGGGGCUGUGAACGCAUAUAGUCCAUUGUGUCCCGGGGACGAGGAGCAGCUUCAUUGUGAUACAAUCCGAUUUCUGCUUUUUAAAAAAAAUAUGGUCAGUGCAUUUUUUGAGCGGACAGGUAUAAACUUCAACCUUGAGUAAAGGCUAUCCCUGUCCACUUUUCACCAAAAAAACAAAAAACAAAACAAAAAAACAGUUAAAAGGUAAAUGGCAUAAACGUUUUGUGUGUGUGUGUGUGUGUGGAUGAAUUAUUUGUUCUGUGUAUGAUGAUUUACUUUUAAUCAAGAAUAUGCAUUCACACAUCUUUGGUUUAUAUGUCCAUUGAAUUCACGUCUUUCCAAAAAGGGAGGAAACGAAGCUUGUCAAAACAGUACAACAUACAGUCACAUCCAUCUACAAUGGAUUUUGGAUUGUGACAUGUAGAAUAUUUGAGAAAAUUUUUUCCAAUAUUUUAAAAUUGUGUAUAGUAUUCAUGUUUAUAUCAAAGUUUAUCAAUGGGUAGCUGGAAAACAAGCAAUAUGGGCCUUCUAAAAUAUUACACCACCAACAAAUGAAAGAAAGAGCUGCAUUCUACAUCCUUACACGACCCAGAAUUGAGGGAUCUGUGCUGCAGGUUGUAUUGCUCAAAAUAACUAAUGAACCCUGGAGACAAUUUCCUUUAAGUUAAAUUUAUACUCCUGUAAUAUGAACUUUUAUUUUAUUUUAAAAGUGUGUUUUAUUUGUAAAUUGCUGUUUUCUGUUUUAUAGUGCAUUCAUUAUAUUUAUCAGCUCUAGCAUUAUGUGAGAAAUGUAAUAAUUAUUGUCCCGAAAAUAUUUUCUAUUAAUAUAGAUCAAAUUAUCAAAUACACGCUCUCGAGUGAUAUGUUGACUUGCCAAUUUAAAGUACUUAUUUGUUUUAUCAUUAUGUGAAUAUAUAAACUGUAAAUACAUGUAAAUGAAUGCACCGGUGUUUUGUUUCAUACAAAAAUUGUUCAUUCAGGGUUCUCCAUCUUUACAAUUUUGCAGUAAAGCAAAAUGAAAGUCAUUUUAGUGCAUGAUCAUGCAUCCUUUUUGGCGAUCAAUGACAGACACUGUGAUAGACACAAAUGUCUAUAGCUACAUCAUUAUUACUUGAACACCAAUUUGAAUGGAAUUAAUAACUAAAUCAAUCUGCAGAAAUUAAACGUUCAAUGAAGUAAGAAAUGUCACAAAAAUCGUUGUAAGUAGGGCUUUUGUUCAGUAAUAGAACGUUCUUAAAACUUUGAAGUUGAAAGAAAAUGAAAAAAAAAAUUAGAAAUUGAAGAAGUUUUAAAUCACAAUAUUCCAUAUCUAUUUUCUCAAGAAUAAUUAUCCUCUUCAGUAUUUACUGAAGAAACCCAUAGCAAAAAAAAAAAAUUUAGUGUGUCAAGAAAUAUUCUUUGACAGAAAACAAGUAAGCUGUGGUUGUUGUUGAACAGAAAAAAACUAAUGGAGAACCUUGGCAUAAAUGUAAUAUGCGCAUUCCUUGAGAACUUAGCAAGACUGGUUUUAUAUUACUUUCACUUUUCAAGUAACUCUCUAAAACUUCUUCUUUGAUAUUUGUGAGAUAAAUGUCUAUAUUCAAUAUGUGCAUUUUGUUUUUCACUUGUUUUCACUCUCUUAUUCAUGUGUAUUAAGAUAAAAAUAUAUAAUCUAAAGUA